GGGAGUUGGGGGCAAAUUGAGUUACAAGUUGCUCCUCACAUUUCAAGCUCACGUGCCUGCAGCUAACUUGAGUCGGGUAGUUCACCCUCCACAUCAACAGCAACAUCGCUCAAACUGGGCAGCAAACUCAUUAUAGUGCCUCAACUUGAAUUGUAAUGCAGUCAGAAAAUAAUUAUCUUGGUUAUUAUAGUUAGUGAGUAAUAAUAUUCUCAGUUAGUGUAUAUAUCCAAUAGGACUCCAUUUUUAUCAGAAGUAUGAAGUACGGUGCAUUGGAAUAACUCUCUAAUUUUUUAUACCUGUGAUAAUAUAAGGUUCUAAAUUGUCAAGAAAAGAGAUUCCCCAGAGAAAAUCAUAAUCACUAUAGAAAUAAAACUCUUCGUGAUCGGACAACUCUCAAAAAUCAAGAAAUGUUUAUAGGUAAAUUGACAAAGUCACAUAAAUCUUGGAAAGAGAACAACGAGUCCAAGAGUAACAUCAACGAUUAUUAUGGGAAGUGUCAAAUCAAAACAUUGGGUCGUGUAUUCGAUGAUACAGAGCAAACGAAACAAGAGAUGAAGACUCCUGCUCAUGGCUCUGGAAACCAUGUAAGAGAUAAUUCUUUGUCUGACAGUGCGGAUGAAUCAUGCAUUGAUACAGUGGCUGAGGUACAUAAGUCGGAAGAGGAGACAACAAAGAAGAAAAAAUAUUUCAGGAAAGGAGCAAAGAAGAAUACAAAUGAUAGAUGUGUAGAAAUUAUGAAUAAGAAGAAUGCAAUGGAAAGUAAUAAUAAUUGCAGCAAUAUCGAGGUAGAAGAGGAGAAGGAACGAGAACCAGUCAAGGGAAGAGAUUUUAGUAGAGUAAGGCAAAAAUUGAAGCUGACAAAACUAUUCAGACCUGCCCAACAUGAAAUACAACAAACCGAAUCACGAGAAGACAUUUUAGAAAAAGAAGAGAUCGAAGACGAAGAUAUAGACAUCGAGAGAGCAGACCAAGCUCUCCCAAGCAUAGUUAUCAAUAGCAAUGUUUGUGAGAGCGAUUUCAAAGUACCUGAAAUAGAGUUUUCUCAAGUGAAUGAGAUAAGAAGUGAGGCUGCAGCUAGAAAUCUAUGUGCAACGAAUAAGGGAUUUGUUGGUGAUGAAGAUAGCAAUAGGAAGAGGAAACGAAGGCCUCCUCAAAUGUCACCUGCUGAUGUUAACAAAGAAGACAUGGUAAGUAAAUCGGUGGGAAUCCAAGCAACACCAUUUCCCCCAUUUCGUCUGCACUUUCUGCCCGAAGAGGAUUGGCGGCAAACUGAUGACAAGUUGCAAAGAGCACUGAAACUGGUGUUGUCACAAUGUGGACUGGCUUGUGUUGUACUCACCUGGGCCAUGCUCGGUGCACUCAUGUUCCGGCUCACUGAAGGACCGCAGGAAACAUUUCAGGUUGCCGAAAUGACACGUCAGCAAUCAGCUCUGGUUGUUGGUCUAGCCACCGAUUUGCGGCAAGUCAUUCCGCAAGAGCCUUUCUGGCGACAAACAAUCGAACGCUAUGCUGCUCAGCAUGAGUCACUCAUACUAUCCGCGGUCAGUUCGGGAUAUCCUCAGAGAGGAACGAUCUGGACCUAUCCUGGAUCCCUGCUGUUUGCUACUUCACUCUUGACAACUUUGGGUUUUGGUGCCCCAGUACCUAGGACAGUGGUAGGAAGGAUGUGUGCAAUUAUAUUCGCAGGACUUGGAAUUCCUGUUCAUUUAUUACUUGUGCUAAAUAUCGGCCUCUUGAUAGCAGUCAAAUUGACACGACUGGCCAAUAUUCUUGAGAAGAAAGCCAAGCGAGUAAAGCUGAAAAUUCACAGAGUUCAGACUCGGGAGAACGAUGACAAGGAAAGUUGGCCAGAAGAGUUGUUUGCCUGUGACAGAAUAAUGCCACCUUUCUGGCUCAAGUUUUUUCCAUUUGUGGCGAUACCAACCUACUACCUGACAGGAUUUCUAUUAUUUGGCCUGGCGAGAGGCAAAGAAUUUCCUGAGAUCUUCCUUUUCCCUCUGGACUUCACUGCGGCCGGGGGCGUGGCCUCUACCUACGGUCCACUCCGUAUAGCAUAUGCCAUGUACUUGGAAGGCGCUGUUAUAUUGGCUUCGACAAAUGUUGCACUGUUGAGAGUCUCCGCCACUAGAGGAUUCACUACGGCUGCCAUCAAAAUGGGACUCAUGACCAAUUCACAUCGUUGACAAACAAGUUUCCAUUGUCAACACUGACACUGACAAUUGUUCAAGUGAAAACAAUUUUUACGUGAAAUCUUCAUUUUGAUGAUAAAAGAGAAAAUGUGUUCGUGUAUCAGUUACGAAUUUGAUGAGUACUAUCAUUCAGGUGUCACUGAUGUCAUGAAUCUAGUUGUAUAAAAAACUUCAAAUUAAUAAUACUUUUUUUAAAACAAUGUCGAUUCUUACAUCAUCAUCAAUAUCUCAUAAACUUGAGCAGAAUGAUAAUGGUGUUACAACCGAAAUUUUAAUUUCUCAGUUUUCCAAUACUAAACAAAAAUGAUAGUCAGGCAAUAUUAUUCCAUGUAUUUAAAAAAAAUUUUAACCGAAAGUAAUUUCUCGGUUUUUCAAUAAUAAAUGGAUGAUAUUGAACAAAUUAUUAAUUCAUGAUUUUUUCUCAAUUUGAACCAAAACUAUUUUGUCGAUUUUCCAAUAAACAAGUGAUAGUUACUAUUAUAUCAUGUUUUUUAUUCAAUUUGGAUAACUAGCACAAAUAAUUAAAACCACAAUUAUGGAAAAAUCCAUUAGAAGAGUAUAAUUUCCUCAUAUCAUCAAUAAUAUUAUUGAAAUGUCACACUCAAAGUUUUUUAUCAUCUUUAUGUCAAUUGAAAUAGAAUUAAUGGUCUCUCCUGA